AUGGCAUGGUUUUCCUGUGGCUGUUUGGAAGUCCCAUGGGCCAAGCUUCAGGAGUACUUGUCCUCUUCCGUGAACCUCUAUGGAGAUGACUCGGCAGUUUAUGCAGAGCGACGUGACUUGCUCGAGCUGGUGACGCAACUGGAGAGCAUUCAAGAGAGCCGAGUAGCAGUUGAUCAGUGCUUAUUAGCGGACCUGGUCAGAAGGUACGAUGCGCAGAAGGGGCGCAUUCCUCGUGCAGCAUCGAUGGUUUAUGAGCUGCCCAAUGUUGAGGCUUUUGAGGAUCGAGAAUACAAGAUGCUUCCUCUGCCGACGCAAACAAAGCGACCGAUCCUUGAAGGCACCACAAGCGCAGAGCUGCUCCAACAUCUAAAAGACGAUUUUGAUGUCCCUUUACAUCCACACUUCGUUCAGAAGAUUCUUGAUAUGGGAAUCAAGAUGUACAGGAAACUGAAUGAGAGGCAUGGUGCAGUCUUGCACCUGGCUGUACCUGGACUGGACAGAAUGUCUCAAGAGGUGAAGCUCUCACAUACUUCAGAUGCUGUGCCAAUUGAACCAAGGAUUGUGGUUCUUGGGGACACACACGGCCAGCUUGGAGAUGUGUUGUGGGCUAUUUCGAAGUUUGGUAUGCCCAAUGAGAGAAAUGUCUAUGUGGUCAACGGUGACAUAGCGGAUCGCUGUGAUUGGUCCACAGAAAUUUUCGUGCUCUUCUUGACGAUAAUGCUGCAAUAUCCCAACGAUACAGUUGUGGUCAUCAACCGUGGCAAUCAUGAAUGCGUGACGAUGAAUGGUUCUCGAUGUGGUGGCUUUCAGUAUGAGCUUGCGGAGAAGUAUGGUCCCACCUGGGGUCCGGCUCUUCAUAGUUUGUUUGGCCAACUGUUUGCCUUGCUGCCAUUGGCAACCAUCAUCCAAGACACGGUUCUGAUCCUUCAUGGUGGUAUUGGCCGGGACCCGGAAAAUCAGCUAGAGAGCCUCAAGGAACGGCAGGCGUUGAACAGAGAGGCUUCGAUCAAUCCGUGGGGCAUCGAAGGCGACGAGGCGAUGGACGCCUUGGUGGAUGCACUUUGGGCAGAUCCUGGAGAGCUGCCUGGGAGUCAACCGAACCCUCGAGGAGCUGGACAUGUGUGGGGUCCUGACUAUACUCGAAGAUUCCUCAAAAGCACAAAUCUUAAGCUCGUCAUCAGAUCGCAUCAAGUGCCCGUUGACCAGAGCGGUGUUUUUGUACACCACGGGCAUGACAGCCAGGUUAUCACAGUCUUCAGUGCAUCCAAUCACAGGGGCCGGCGAAACAGAGCAGGAGCAGUUAUUAUCAGUUCUGCAUCUACCACAAUGCUGAGUGUGGUGUGCUAUGACCUGGGCAUUUGUCCAUCGUGGAAGGUUUUGUCCAGCUCAGUUAACCUGAGAUCUCGUUCUGGUCUGAAGAGUGGAAUAGUUGACGACGAGCUGAUCUCCGACCUCUUGCAGCAAUCCAUGGGCCUUCUUGCGGAAUGGCGAGAGCCUCUGUGGCGAGCGUGCAUUCGUGAGGACCCGCAGCUGAAAGGAGUGAUUUCUUUGUCUUCCUGGAAGCGGAUUUGCAAGAACACCACCAAGCUUGCACUCGAUUGGAUCCUUUUGGCUCGCUUGGUGGGCGGUGCCAGUAUCAACAAUCUUCGAUACAUGGAAACCUUAAAUCGAUUUGGUUUCAAGAUCGCCUCGCAGGUCGUGGAGAGCAAAAUGGCCAGCUGUGUUUUGGCUUCUAUCUACUUCCAGAUCAUGCAAGCUGAUGAGUCAUUACAGCAGCUGGUGGGCAAACUUUGCCAGGCUGGCCGGAGAGCAGCUCCUCCCCAAGAGCUGUUGGAUGGCUUCGAUGAGAUUCUCCAAAGAAACCAUGUGUCAGGUCCAGAAAUGGCGGCCGUACGACGCAGCUUGGAAGCUCAUAUUGGCAAUGCCGGUGCUUCAAUUGAUAUCGCCGAGUUCCUUUCUGCAUGGAAAUGCGCCGCAGGCGUGCGCGCAAAACUGGAAGGCCGUCAAUUCGAUCUGGCCUGUCAGGUUUCAAGGUUGCUGGGGGGAAGCAAGCGCCGGUGGCGUCAAAGGCUCAGCAGUUUAGGCGCUGCUUCUGCAGACACGCUGAUGGAAUUCUUUGACAUAGCAGAUGUUGACAGAGAUGGUUUUGUCUCCAUCGAGGAAGGUUUCACUGCUUUGAAGAAGCGGUUGCAUCUUGCAACAGGUCAACAGGUGGACCCAGAUGUCGAGGAGGACUUGCGCGGUUUGCUGAAGAUGGCCGACAGCACGGGGUCAGGCAAGCUGAACUACUUGGAAUUUUUGAGCCUCUUUGACUUCCAAGAUCCUCGCUCAUUGACUCAUCAAGCCAUGCUAGACCUUCUUUGUUUUCAAGUUUGGGCGCAUCGAAACGCCUUGUCGGGCUUCUUCCGCUACGUGGGCAACAACGGUUUGAUCUCAAGAGACCAGAUGCGCUGGAGCUUGGAAGCGCUGAAUUCCUUGGUGAAGGGCGAACUGCUCCAGGCCAAUAUUGACAAGAUCGUCAAUGCGGUGAAAUUUCAAGAUGACUUCGUGAGUGGGGAAGAACUACUGAGGCUCACAUCUGCAAUUGGCAACGCUAUGGGCUAUGCUGCUAUGAUCUGCUAUGCAUUGCAGGUCUACGUGCCCUUAGGAUGUUUGUGGACGUACAUGAGGGCCGGUAUCUCCCAUUCCUGUGGAAUCACCAAUGCCAGUGAGACAGUUUGUUGGGGUCGACAGAGAGAAGGUCAAUGUGAUGUCCCUGCUGGAUACAGCUUUCUACAACUGACUCUUGGAAAGGCCCACACUUGUGGAAUCACUGAUGGUGCAGAGUUGCUGUGCUGGGGAAGUCCUAUAGAUGAGACGCUUGCUGUACCACCUGGCCACACAUGGAGCCAAGUGGAUGCUGGAACCGUUUCUACCUGUGGCGUGAACAGCACCGGAACUAUUCUCUGCUGGGGGAAACAAGGCUAUGACCGAAAAGCAGUGCCCUACUUGGACAAUGCGGAUGUCACAUGGCAGGAAGUUGCCUGUGGUGACCGGCACUGCUGUGGCCUUUUGGAGCAAAGUGCCGUGCAAGCUUUGAACCGACGUCAAGAGGACAACGUGAUUUGCUGGGGCGAUGACUCCAACGCGCAGCUUCAAGUUCCUGGAAAGGAGCAGGGGCGCACCGGCACCCAGGAGAUCUUCACCUCGAUUUCAGCGGGCAACUACCACACAUGUGGCCUCACAUUAGGGAUGGAUGUUUGGUGCUGGGGCCGUGUAGACCAGUAUGGCCUGAACUUCCAAACACCUGGAAAUGCAACGAUAUUAAGCUCUGGUGGCAUCCAUGCCUGCGUGCUCGACACGAACAAGAAGGCAAAAUGCUGGGGAGGCAAUACAGUAGGUCAGGCUACUGUACCUGUGGAUGCGGCCACAUAUCCGCCGUCAAUCAUGGAAUUUGCCAACGACCCUUUUGACAUCAUGGAAGAGGACUCAUCGGUACGGCUCACGCCGUACAUUGCGGGCUACACCGAGCCCAAGAGGACCUACCAACACAUCAUGAUGGCCAUCCUCUUUCCAGAAUUUGCCUUGACAGAUUCGCCAUUGCUGACCUUUGAGCACAUCGAUGGGACAGAGGAUCCAUAUUCACCACACAUCAUCAAGUUUCCCGAGUCGUGGAAUGCGCCGACAAUAAACCAACUGCAAGUCUCUGCAUUGGACUUGACGCUUUGGUAUGAUAUCCGACUUGGAGCGUCACCUGCCAUCCGGAACAUCACCUCCACCUGGGUCAACGGCACCACGGAACACCGGCUGGUGGAUGGCGGUGCUUAUUCUGUGCGGCUUCAGUACCAGGACACCUUCAAUCACCCUGUUGCAACACAUUGGAUUCAGAGAUACGAGGUGACAUACGAUUUAGAGACUCUGGCUCCAACACUUUGGUCCCCACCGUCAGGUGAGGUGAAGCAAGGAAUCACCGUUGGAUACUACCUGGAAGAGGACAUGAAUCCCGACGAUGUGUGGAUCAUCAUGACGUUCACUGGACCAUCCUCGGGCCAACAAGCCCAGGACACCAACUCACCUUACCAGAUUCAGCUGGAAAAGGCUGUGACCUACAAAGGCAACCACUCCUUUCAGCUUGUCCUUGGAAACCUCUAUGAGUUGUUGGAUGGCAGGCCUUCGCCGUACGUUCGUCAAGUCUUGACGGCCAAUGGAGUGGGCGGCAAUGGAACGAGCCUGGUCAGUGGAGGAAACUAUGACAUGGUCCUUCGGGUGAGCGACACCUUCUUCAACGCUGCAAAAUCAGUUCAGGUCUCUGGCCUUGACUUCAUAUGGGACAUAGCAACAGAGACUGUGCAGCGAUUGCAGCCAGUCCAAGUGGUGAAUGAUCCUAUCGUCAUUGAGUAUACCCUCCCCGAGCCUGUCUUGAGUGGCUCUCUUCGCUUCGUUCUGACCUGGAUACAGAACACAAACGAAAGCACAGCACAGGCAGACGUGCAAAGUCCACAUACUUGGUGGGUAAGCGCGUCCAAGGAGAGAGAUGUGACGGUUGGUGCUACAUCCAACAUUUUGAGGCUGAGUGCGUCGAACCUCUUCCGGGAUCCAGACAAUGAGGCAUUGCCUCAUCCAGACAUCACAAAGUUUGAAUCAAGAGGUACGCCGGUCUAUUCCACCUUGCAGCCCUUCUCUGAGUAUGUGCUCACCAUCUCCUACCAGGUGGAUCAGCUUUUCCAAGAGGUCUCUGCCCAGCUUAAGCCUGUGACAGAGAUGCUUUCAACACAGCCAGUGGUAGCUUCUGUCCCUUCGCCUGCAGUCUCAGCUGAUAUUUGGUCCACUUCACCAUUGCCUUUGACACCGCCAGGAAGAGCAGAGCGUCGACCCUGUGCUCCGGCGCCUGCCAAGCCGCCGCCAGAGAUUGCUGGGUCUGAACCGCCUGUGGCACCACCUGCUUGGGAGCCAAACAAAGGUCCGCUUGAGGCGGCAAACCCGGCACCUCAGCGCCCACCAGGCAUUCUGCUUCCAAUGACAGAUGAAGAGAAGCAACGUAAAGCCGUGGUGGAAAAAGCAAAAGCACAGGGCAUUCCGCUGAAGGUGAGGCUGCCCGAUGCUGCGCUUGGUGUGGUUCGGCCUUUACUUCCUGGCUGCCCAGCAAAGAAGCGCUUACCUUGGCCAGAACUUAUGGAGGUUGAGGCCUUGCACAGCACAGAUGGUGCAGAUGCCGUUUAUCAACAGUGUUCCAGUGGUGGCUGCCCGAUGAUAGACUGGUCAGCCAUGCGGAUGGCUCAGACGAUUGAAAGAUUUGCGAAGAGACGGGUGAAGUUGAGCACGAACCAAGAGGCUGCGGACUAUGCAGCCAACGGGGUUGGGAAUGUGUUGCAGGAGCAGGAAGUUGUGGGACAAGAGUCUAACAAGGCCACUUUCAGAAAUCUAAACAGCUCACACCACUAUGUGGUCCGUCUUCGCGCUUGGAGCAAAUCAGGAGUGUCAGAUUGGUCUUCUUGGUCGAUACUGCGAGUCCUGUCGGCCUGUUCUGAUGGGUUACCCCAUGAUGGAGAGGCAUGCGAUGAUGGCAACAUGCUCGACGGCGAUGGAUGCAGUUCGAGCUGCGUUGUGGAGAUGGGAUGGACUUGCGAGGCACAGCCAGCCGGACUUUAUGCAGACGGCUGGGGCCGUGGUAGGUCCAGGUGCGUUGCAGCUGGCAUGGACGGUCUUCGUGUUGGGAGCGAGGAGUGUGACGACUGUAACCUGCAGGCUGGAGAUGGCUGCGACAAUGGCAAGGUAGAGCCUGGGCACAUCUGCAUUUAUCAGGGAAGGUUGGGAAUAGAGACAGGAUGCCCCGGUGUCCUCGCUGCCGACACGAACAAUUAUUUGACCUUUACUGCAGAUGACUGUCGCAUCCCAUGUGGAGAUGGCAUUCGUCACAUUGUUGCCGGCGAGGAGUGCGAUGAUGGCAACAUCAUCAACGGAGACGGGUGCACAUCGGACUGCCGCAUUGAGACUGGCUACACCUGCCCCACUGUUGGUUGGCCUCAGGUGCUACUCACACCAUGCCGUGCCAUUUGUGGAGAUGGUCUGCGACUGGGUGAGGAAGAAUGCGAUGACAAUAAUACUGUGGCUGGUGAUGGCUGUGGACCAGACUGCAAGGUGGAGCUGGGUUGGUUCUGCAAGAGGAAGCCAGACGACACUGGAGAGGUGUGCUUGAACACCUGCCUGAAUGGAAUCAUUGACCCUGGCGAAGAAUGCGAUGAUGCCAACACAUUUAGCGAUGAUGGCUGUGCCAAUUGCAUUGUCGAGCCUGGGUGGAGCUGCGAAGUCAUUGCAAACCGGCAGACUAGUACAUCCUCUGGGAGUUUCUGCGUCCCUGUCUGUGGAGACGGCUUCCGGAUUAAGUCUGGACCUAUGGCUGAGCAGUGUGAUGAUGGAAACAACCUGGCUGGUGAUGGCUGUGAUCCGAGCUGUCGCAUUGAAACUGGCUGGACCUGUGUCUCCCAGGCAUCCGAGGUGAACACCACAGCCUUGCGCUGCGAGCCCGUUUGUGGAGACGGUCUUCUAGUUGUAGGUGAAGGAUGCGAUGAUGGCAACAAGGACUCUGGCGAUGGAUGUAGUGCAUCUUGUCAGGUGGAGCGUGGCUUCGUUUGCUCACCCGAAGACUACUUAACGAAGUCAGAGGUGGCAACAGGGCUGCCGUUUGCAGCACAGAACAGGACCAUUUGUAUACCAAUUUGCGGCGAUGGUCUGGUCCUGCUGACUUUUGGAGAAGCUUGCGAUGAUGGCAAUCGGGUUCCCGGCGAUGGUUGCGAUGAGAAUUGUGCAAUAGAGCCUGGGUACACUUGUGGAAGUGGAGGCCGCAAAACUGUGGACAGCCUGUGCACAGCGUUUCGUUUCGCUUCUUAA